AUGGCCGCCCAAUGGCAACGGGAAAGUUCCGAAGGCGAAGAUGAGGCUGAACCUGUUGAAGUUGAGCACGACGAAGAAGCCGCCGACACGAUGGUGGCCAGGCUACGCGAUGUUGAGCACUCGAUCCAAGCGGUUGAGCGCAGAAUCUCCUUCAAAAAUCGGGGCCACCAGACGUCUAGCCCAAGCUCAACCCCGAGGAGGGAGAGGCGACGUCGAGAAGCCGAGGAUUCCGGGUCUUCUGAGAAUUCGACGUCUUCUGAUGAUUCUGGGAUCGAUCGGCGGCUGAGUAUCGAUGAAGAGGACGGGAAACACUAUCAGAAGAAGCGGAACAAGUCGAAGAGCUUGGCGAAGAAGCUCUCCCGAGCGAGGAGCAAGUCGUUGGGGCUGAUUUUUGGCGAAAAGCCGGCGGCGCCCCUGUUCGGCACGUCGUACCUCAACCGCGAGUGGGAGAUUGUCACCGUCAAGGAGAUGUGCAGACGGUUGUCCCUCGACGAAAUCGACCACAUCGAGAUGCCGAUCCCGGAGGGGGCCAAGAGCUCACAGAUUCUCGACGAGCUCAUGAUUCGACAGGUGAUGGAAAUCCUGCCCGCCCGCGCCGAGGGCUACCCCUGGGUGAACAUCUACAACUCGGAGAAGCACGGCUUCAGCCUCGCCACAUUGUACAGAAAAAUGGCCGAAUUCGACGAGGACAUGUCGCCGGUGCUGCUCAUCAUCCGCGACAUCAACGAGCAUGUCUUCGGCGCAAUCGUAUCGUCGCCGAUCCGACCACAAGAGGGCUAUUCCGGUACCGGGGACUCUUGCUUGCUGUGGAGGUUUACCGGAGAAGUGCCCCAUACAAGGGAACUUCGACACUACACUUGGACGGGCGACAACCAGUACUUCACCAACGCCACCCGCGAAAGCCUGUCGAUAGGAGCCGGCGGAGGCCACCAGGGACUUUGGCUCGACGCCGACCUCAACCACGGCCGGUCCCAGAAGUGCGAGACGUUCGACAACGAGCCGCUAACGGGGGACAAGGAGGACUUUAUCAUCCAAUUUGUCGAGGCCUACGGCUUCCGCAUG